AUGGCUCCACGCAAGAUUAUCAUCGACACGGAUCCAGGUGUUGACGAUGUUCUUGCCAUGCUACUAGCCUUUUCUGCGAUCCCCGAAGAACUCGAAGUAUUGCUUUUAUCGAUCACAUACGGCAACAUCGAUCUGGAGAAUUGCCUUCGAAAUGUCGUUUCAAUGUUUCAUAACAUUGAACAAGAGCUUGCUUGGAGGAAAGCUCAGAACAAGUCGCUGGGAUUUGAUGCCCUGAGGAAGCAUAAGCCGCUGGUCGCCGUUGGACCAACGCAUCCAUUGGUUGAUCAAAUGUUGAUGGCCGAUUACUUUCAUGGAAAUGACGGACUCGGCGGAAUCCACGAUAGUCACCCUCAUCUGUCACCUGCAGACACAUGGAGACAGCUAUUCGAACAUGCAAAAGACUCUGCGCGACCGGAUGAUGCUGCGAUAUUAGCUGAGAUGCAGAACGUCCACGCUUUGUUCACUCCAUCCAGGUUACCCGCAAGUGAGGAAAUUCUGCGUCUUCUCCGAGAGAACGAACCAGACACGAUCUCCAUCGUAGCAAUAGGACCUCUCACGAAUUUGGCCAUCGCGGCCGCCGCUGACCCUGAAACCUUUCUUCGAGUGAAGGAAGUCAUUGUCAUGGGAGGGACAUUGAAUGAUACUGGAAAUAUUACUCCGGUGGCUGAGUUCAACACAUUUGCUGACGCGGUCGCUGCGGCACGAGUGUAUGCUCUGAGUUCACAAAAUCCCACAUCGACCAUGCCGCCUAUCCCUCCUGCGCCACAAACCGGCGAGCCCGAACAAUCGCACCUAAAGCCGUACCCGGAUGCAUUACCAAGGCGGCUGAAAGUAACGCUGUUCACGCUCGACGUGACGAACUACCAUAAGGUAACGAGGGGGCUAUUCAGGAAGACGGUAGAGCCUCUACUUGGCGUCCAGUCGCCUCUCGCGGAGUGGACUCAAGCGUUCAUGGCUGCAACCUUCGACAAAGUCGAGAGCCUUCACGACGACAUCAGCGGAGAUGCGGUUUCCCUGAAAUUGCACGACCCGUUAUGCAUAUGGUACUGUAUGACAGAUCCUACAAUAUGGAAUAUUAGCGAUGAGGUGGAUGUCAGGGUCGAAACAACAGGGCAGUGGACUCGAGGCUUGACACUGUUAGAUCGACGUGCUCGACGCAGACGAGAACAUGGCGACGAUGGAGAUCGACCCGGGGACACGGGUAACUGGCUGAGCACUUCGAGUGGCAAUCGGCUUCGAUACUGUAUCGAUUCGCCUGACAGGGAUGCAUUCGGGAAGUUCAUGCUAGACCGAAUAUUCUUCCCAUGA